GGCCGAGGCCGGAGCGGAGAGGGUGCGGGAGGAGGGGCCGCCGGGGCCAGGUCCCCCCACCCCAUCGGCGUCUGGGCGGGCACUGGCGAGCGCGUAGCAAUGCAACCCUGUGCCCCACACAUCCUCGAGCGCUUGACCAGGUAUAGGAAGAAUGCCUAUCUUUUCAUCUACUACUUAAUCCAGUUCUGUGGCCACUCAUGGAUAUUUACAAAUAUGACAGUCAGAUUCUUUUCAUUUGGAAAAGAUUCAAUGGUUGACACUUUUUAUGCUAUUGGACUUGUGAUGAGACUUUGCCAGUCCAUCUCCCUCUUGGAGUUGCUGCACAUAUAUGCUGGCAUCGAACCAAGCCAUCUUCUUCCUAGGUUCCUGCAGCUCACAGAAAGAAUAAUCAUCCUUUUUGUGGUGAUCACCAGUCAAGAGGAAGUCCAAGAGAAAUAUGUGGUGUGUGUUUUAUUCAUCUUUUGGAAUCUAUUGGAUAUGGUUAGGUACACGUACAGCAUGUUAUCCAUCCUAGGCAUAUCCUACGCCGCCCUGACCUGGCUCAGUCAGACACUGUGGAUGCCGAUUUACCCUUUGUGUGUUCUUGCUGAAGCGUUUGCCAUCUAUCAGUCUCUGCCGUAUUUUGAAUCAUUUGGCACUUACUCCACAAAGUUGCCCUUUGACUUAUCCAUCUAUUUCCCAUAUGUGCUGAAAAUAUAUCUCAUCAUGCUCUUUAUAGGUAUGUAUUUUACCUACAGUCAUCUUUACUCAGAAAGAAGAGACACCCUCAGAGUCUUUUCCAUUAAAAAGAAGAAAACGUGAGGCACAUUGUUCUGAUGUGACGCAAGACAAAACAGGCCUCGUGGAUUCCGCUGCAGCAAAGUCAACACAGGAAGAAUUCUGGUGGAAAAGUACCUAGUAUUUGACAACAAUCUGUGACAGCAGUCUUUGAUUCUCACACAUUAUAUUUUCAAAAUGUAUACUCUGAACAAUGUGUUUCUCUAAAGCUCUGGAUUUUAUACAAGUUAAAUUUAUAUUGUAUGAAGCCUGAUUAUGUUGCUGUAAGGGUAAUGAGAAAUAAAUUAAUUGGAGUAGAUUCAAUUAAAUUGAGAAACCAAAGCUGUUAAUCUAACUUACAUCUAUUUUUUUCACUUCUGGAUUUACAAGUAGCAGCAGAUCCAUGGGAGGGCAGUGAUGUGAAACAUGCUCUGCAGUUGUUAGAAUAACAUUUUACAGACAGAUGUCGGCCUUCCGAGAGGUGACACUCACCUUAAACAUCGGACACACUUAGAACAGCAAACAUUCUUCCAAACCCUGAAAGAGUCUUCAUUACUAUUAUGCAAGUGAUUUGGGUUUUGAUGCCUUAAAAGAGGAACCUGAUGAAAAUAAAACAGACCCCUGAUAAAUACACAAUGUCCCAUAUUCCUUUAAAAUAAUCAGGCCACAUCUACCUUCCAGAGAGAUAAAAGUUACAAAAAUAUAGUAAGUCAUUUAAAGAAGGUAAGAAAAUUAAGAGCUGGUCAUGUUUCAGAUCAUUUAUUACAAUUUAACUGUUGCUAGUUACUAUAAUAUCAAAUAUAAGUCAUCACUGAUAGUUUUGAAAACUGAUCCUGUCUUUGAAGAUUUAAAAUAUAUAUGAAUAACUAAUGGAUUAUUUGUGAACCAUUGGUAUAUCAUUCACUUUUCUUGGAAGAAUUAUAGAAUCUUAUUUAUCCAGCGACUAUAUAAAAAGGUUGCUAAACAUUUUGUUACAUAUAAACCAGGUGGCAAAAUGUAAUUACAAAAAAAGGGUAAUCUUAUACCACUAAAUAAAACAAUUGAGAAUUAAUAAAAAUAACUGAUAUCUUUAUAAACUCAAUGUCAUUUAGAUUUUAAAAGUAUUAAGAUUAGCCACUUAAAAAGCUGCAUUUUAUUUUGCUUUUAAAGUUGCUUAUUUUACUUGUAAAUUUAAAAAUUACUAAAAGCUUUAGUGUGCAAAGAGAACAGGCACCCUUCACAAACUUUAGGUGCCUUAGUCUAGUUUCCUCCAAUACAGAGGGCUACAUACCCUGGGAAGACACACAUCUGGAGUCACUAAAAUGAAGAUAAAAAACUAGAGAAACUACUUAAUUGGGUCAUUAAAAUAAAUUAAAAUUUUACUACUAAAUAAUACUUUAAUUUUUCAAGCAAUUACCUGAAGAACCUUCUUACUUCCUAAAAUGAAAGACCAAAAAGAAACACAAGUAAAUUUAUAAUUAUGUUAAUUUUGAAAUAGAGAUGGGCAUUGACAAUAAUUCGAGGUAUCUACAACAAUUAUUAAGAUCUGUAAUUUCCUAUGGGGACAUAGUCACAAUUGUUAGUGUUACUGUGGUUGGUUGCUUAUAUUAAAAUUGACAUACUAAAUUUCAUUAGAGAUUCAUGAAAAUAAUGGUGUAUUUUCUUCUCCCACUCAAGUUCAUGUUCCAAGGUUAAGUAAACAGAGUAACCAUCUAGCUAACUGGAUGUCACCAAGAUUGCAAACUUCAUUCCUUUGGUUAUCUGUUUUAACUCUGUUGAAUCUCCAUUCUGUUUUGCUCAGCCUUUGAUCACAAAGGCUUAGUUUCUCAAAUCUAAUUGAUAUAGAUGAAAUAGAAACCAUGAGAUAUUUCGAAAGCUUAAUAUAUAACUUUUAAAUGAUUUUUCUUUGGAGUUUCAAAUGCCAAGGUGAAUUACCUAAACUUCCAAGUAUACCAAACAAAGGAACAAUAAUCAUAGCAGCAGUGCCUCUGGUGAGGAAAAAAAAAAAGAAAACUACACCAAAUUAACUGC